CAGAAGAAUGUCCACAUAGCUUUUGAGCUUUCCCAUGGUUAUCCUCCUUUCCCCUUCCCCAAGUUUUGACACUUCAUCGUGGUGCCGCCCACCAUUCCACACAAACACUGAAACAACCUUAGCUUCUCGCCAUAUCCAGAACCUCCCUAUAAAUCCACUUCUCUCUCCCUCAUUCUCAAUCACUCCUUCAUAACAUCUUGAAUCUUCGACUUCAAUUCUUUCGAAAUGGGUAUGAUUCUUGGGAAAAUCACGGUGGAAACGCCCAAGUACCAAGUAAUCCACGCCGCCGCGGAGUACGAAAUCCGGCAGUACCCUCCCGCCGUGAUAGCCGAGGUGACCUACCACCCCACCCAGUUCAAGGGCAACAAGGACGGCGGCUUCACUCUGCUCGCCAAUUACAUCGGCGCGCUGGGCAACCCCCAGAACGCGAAGCCGGAAAAGAUAGCCAUGACGGCGCCGGUGAUCACCAGAGAGGAGAUCGCGAUGACGGCGCCCGUGGUGACCAAGGGCGGCGGCGGCGAGGAGAAGGCGGUGACGAUGCAGUUCAUCCUCCCGUCCAAGUACGCGCGUGCGGAGGACGCGCCGAAGCCGGUGGACGAGCGAGUGAAGAUUAAGGAGGAAGGGGAGAGGAAAUAUGGGGUGGUGAAGUUCAGCGGGACGGCGACGGAUAAAGUGGUGGAAGAGAAGGUGGAGAUGCUGAAAAAGUGUUUGGAGAGAGAUGGGUAUAAGAUAAUUGGGGAAUUCGAGUUGGGUAGGUAUAAUCCUCCAUGGACGCUGCCUCCAUUGAAGACCAAUGAAGUUAUGAUACCAGUGGAGUGAAUCUCGUUUUAAUUUGUCUUUGUUUUCCAGUGUUUUUCUUCAAUUAUGGUGUAUUUUGUGUCGGCACUCAGCAUGUAUGUAAUUAGACUACAAGUUUUGCUCUAAUUGGCUUAUUUGCACAAGAAAACUCAAUUAUACUAUAUGUUGAUAUAUAUAAUAUACUUUAACCUCC